AUGCCUCCCAAAUGCCUCCGAAAGACCUUUAUCGAAACCCGUUUCAAUGCUUGGUGUUGUGCAAUUCAAACUCUCCCUGAGUGGCGUCGUUCAAUUAAAGGAGCGCCUCCUCCUUGCAGAGUUAGGAAGUGCAACCCCAACAAGAAUGUUGUGAAAGCUGGGUGCGAUCAUUUUUGCGCCGUUGCACGACACUGCUGUGUCGGAUCGAACACCGCGUGUGUUGCCUCAACCAACACUCAUGUCAUUGGCGUGAUGUAUAAUCGAACUCUUUAUAUUGACCGGUCUCUGUGGGGUGGCUCUGUGAUGUUGAGACUCGCAAACGACCACCACCAUGUUUACUUCGGUCUUUCCUACAUCCUCGACUGGCUCAAAAUUUGGUGCCAAGCGACGUUGAUUCCGAAAAUGGAUCUUGGGUUCAGGUCACAGCCAUUGCCAGCGCAACAAGCACAGAUUUUGUAUCCCUCCAGACCGCAACCACCAAAAGCCCCCAUCUUGGCCUCGAGUCACAACGUUAAUGUUGCAUACGAUCCUUCACGACGACAAAGUAUCACACAAUUCAGUAUAUAUCCCACUGCCGGAAACCCAACGACAUUUAUUUAUGAGCAAUCGACUUGCUCCAAAUCCGACACCGUUUCUAGUUCGGAUAGCGAGUCAACGACGAUGUCUUUCUCGCCUGCGAGGUCCAUUGACAGCACAAUGGCGCUGAAAAGUCCCGUAGAUCCUGAGUCGUUUGAACGUCGGUUCGACGAGAGGACUCCCACUCCAACUCCAAGGCGCGACUCUUUCUCUUUACGGGAUCGUAACCACCCUUCAGUUCCCAGACAGGACCCGCAGUUCGCACCUUCGGAGUCCGAUGCCGACGAAUUGGACCGCAUUGCGCAAUUAAACGCCCAAUAUAACUCUGUAUCAUCUGCAUCGUAUUAUACUUCAAGCACCGAUACCACCCGAGGCGAGGACCGUCACAGCUCGUCCGUCCCACACUUGUUGGACAGUCGAGGCUCGCAAGCGAGAAACGUUCCUCAACCAACUUAUUCUAAUUCCUUCGUCAAUCACAGCCCAGAGGAGUUGCAAUCUCCCCUCAACGUUCAAUACACAGGCAACAGAGGGCAUGCCCCUCCAUUUUUUUUUUCAGAUUCCGACGUCGACCGUCGUGUCUCGCAAAAUCCUCCUCACCAGCAGUCGGAUUCAAGCUCCUCGACAACGGAGACGCAGAGCUGGGAUAGUGAGAGCACUCAGAGACCAUCACCCACCUUGACACGCCAGACUGGCCCUUCAGUGCCCGUGUCAGCUUAUCCGCAGGCAGGAUACCACCAUCGACAGGCUGCUGACAACCUCCCCGCCCCCGCUCAGACCGCGCCUCUCAGCCGCCAGCGGAGUUCGUAUGCGGAGCAUAGAACUUCUGUUGUUGGGCCUUGGCCCGAGACCAACAUCUCUCCGUCAACGUACGACUCCAGGAAUCGCGUAGAGUUUCCCCCACUUUCUGAUAGUCGACAACAAGAAGAGUACAGACGAGAUGCCCACUACAAUCACUCUCCCAUACCACCAUCAUCAACCGAGUCGGUUCGUGUGUAUUCUCAAUUGGCAUCUGACGGUCGUCGACAUCAUGAUUCUGCAAUUCGACAGUACGAGGAGCCAGUAGCCAGGCGGGGCACUGACCAGGGGCGGGCAAAUUCUGGCAUUUCUCACAGAGAUUCAACAUUCCUUCGUGAAAGGGUGCUGAGUACAUCCUACAACGGCGCUCCUUCAAAUCAUUCCCCCACUCACCCAGGUCGGUCUAGUGGGGACUCUCGAAGAGACUCCCAUGUGACCUCUAACGAUAUGCCAAGCCAGUCUUCGGCUUCAAGGCGCAACGAUUCGCGUUCACUGGAUCUCGGACAAGGAUCAAGUCCUACGUCCAACUCUCCCACCACCCGGAGAUCGAGUGUGAUGUUUGCAGCGGCUCCAUCACGCCCUGCACUACCUCCUCUGGACAUGCAGGCCAUCUCUGGGAAUGGAGGAUCAGGCGAUAGGCAACGAACAAGGACGAACUCGGUCUCGUACCAAGCACGACCUGUGGAUCUGCAAAGACAGAGAUCGUCAGAUGUCGCGGAUCCAGCCCUUGACCCUCAUCACGACCAGAACCGGCGGCCCCGCCACCCAGAUGUGGGGGGAGUGAGAAACUCUGCUUAUGAGCCUGAGGCUCGCUCUCAAGGCAGGUACUCUGCCCGUCUAUCCAUGUCCUACCCCGCUCCCAGUCCUGGUCAACGGCCCUCACCCUCACAAGCCACCCCAAUCGACACACGAGCUCGGCCUCCCUUCCCUGUGCCACGUGUUGCAGCACCAGAGCCUCAUCGAAGGCUCUCCGACGGAGAUCGUCCUUCCACCGACACUCCUGUCUACCCUCGCAGUGCAACCCCAUACGAGAGAUCGUCAGGUUCCUCGAGGAAUGCGGUGGUAGCCGCCCCAAGCGCUUAUCACCCACCACUUACCCACAUUGAACACCUCAGACGCUUCUCAGACGGCGAUCAAACCAUACCCCCUCGUUUACUCAAUUCUGGACGAAAUUCCGCUCCUAUUGGCAGAUCAGUGCGCUGGAUGGAUAACCUCAUUUGCCCUUCACCGAUUAUUGCGACUCAAAGAAAGAAGGGAUGGUUUAACCGCAGAGGGGAUCAAUUAUGGACGAAUGACGGACAAUACAAGCCAGCGGAUGAAGGGGAGGAGUAUCCUCCUCAAUUUGACGAUUACCCUGAGCCUGGGCAGGGAUGGAUGAACGAGGAAGGAACUCGGAUCGACCUAGGGCAUCGACGAAUCCCAAAGCCUCCCCUCCGUUCGGCACUGAAGCAAUUUCGAGGGUAA